GCGGUCUUGGCUGCUUGUUCUGUUUGUUGCGAGUCUCACAUUGCGGGCAGUCCGGAGAAGGGAGAGCGCGUGCGAGAGGGGAGGAGUGUGGCAGGGACCCGGGGAGGGGAAAUCGAGGGGGGCGGCCGAGCAAGAGAUCUGUGCGACCGCGAUGCCUGCGAGCGAUGGGGAGCAGCGGGGCAGGGAUGGCAUAAAAGUUGGAGCCUUCGGCGAAGCAAUGCUCUGGGCCUCCCUCCGUUUGGAGAGCUUCCCCAGCUCUUUGUAAACUCUUCUUGCAUCAAGUGCCUUCUUCCCCCUUGCAGAAGGGAAUUGUGUCAGCUGCGGCUUGCUAACGUAGCUUCUUAUGAAAAGCAGUUUUUGCUCGCUAAUUAAAUGUUUAAAAAGAGGAUUAAAAAAUAUUGCAGGAGCAACAGAGGAGGAGGAUUGAAUUUCUGUGCAGUUUGGCUCCCUCCAGCUAGAAGUUGGAUGUGCACCUACGGUUGCUGAAUGCAAGCGACCCUGAGCUCCUACAAGCGUGGCAGUAGCAACUAUUAUAGAUGUGAGCGUGUGCUUAACUCUUUCCUGGCUCCCUGGAUUUGUACCAUGCUCAAGGUCCUGACCAAGAAACUCAGGAAUCAAAGUUUGAAUGAGAUCCAGCCCUUCAAGUUAAAGAUUUCCUGUCCCCCAAGUGAUGAAGAAGACAGUGAUGAUUCUGAGGGAGAGAACCAGGAACUUGCUCAGAUUGAUAGAGAGAGAAGACGGAAUUGCACCUUGACCCCCUUGGCAAACAAUCAACUACAGAACCAAGAAAAUCAGUGCUGUAAAAUGUGGACCCAUUUUCCUGCAGGCCUAGAUCGGCACAGCUCUGAAGAGGAGCUGGAACGAAUCAGCCGUGAGUUUGCAGCUGAGAAACGCAAAUGGUCACAAGUUAACAGACUGGCCUGCUGUGGUGACAGCUACAAUACUUCCUCUAGUGAUGAGGAAGUGAAGAACCUGUGUGGCAUGUCCUUCCGACCUGUUGUAGAAGCAGCGGAUGGCUUCCGUGCAAGCUCUAGUCCGGUUCUCUUCAGUGCCUCACCUCCCAAGAGACUUCAGUCUUUUGUACGAACCCCAACAACACGACCUUUAAUCUUCACCAGUGUUGGAGCCAGCUUUGAGCAAGUGAUGCCAUGUAAACGGCACCGGCAAGGCUAUGGAGACAAGAUCAGUAGGCCCAGCCUGGACCUGGAAAAAAUGCAGCAGAUGCUAUUUAAGAAGAGUUGUGGAGCAAAGUCACGAGUGAUCAAAAUUCGUCAUAUCAAUGGGAGCCGAGCACCACCUCACUUCAUGUAUGACCCGUCAAUCUUUGCCUUCCGAUCUCUGAGCACUUUGAAGCCUUUGAGUCCUAUAGCUCCAGUUGAAGAACCAUCUUGUGCCUACUGAAGGAGACACUUGAAGCUCUCAGGAAUCAUCAUACCAACCAACUUCCCAGCAGGGACUAUAUGUGGGAAAGCGUGUUUUGUUUUGUUUUGUUUUUGCAAUAACCACCAAGAUUCCUGGAACUGUGAGAUGGAUGACUUUUCUCUCAUGUCUGUUUCUCGUGCCAUCGUCAAUGCUGAGGAUUGGCAGAAAUGGAAUAUGUACGCGUGUUGAGCAAGCUGGGCUCAUAAGCCAUAGUUCCACUAUGGAGAUGUUACCUUGUACACAGAAAGCCAGUUUCUUCUAAAAGGAAAGUGGCAUGUUGCACUAAUGAGUGAGCAGCCAUCCAUGUAAUAGAAUGUGAAGAAUAUCAUCUCCCUUUAUCAUCUCCCUUCCUGAACCUGGUAGAGUUGUUCCCUUUGCACAAUGAUUUUCCCAGUUGACCAGCUCCUGUCUGAGAAGUAGGAAGAAUUAUUGGCCUUUUCCUGAUGACUGAGGUCAAGAUGGAUCUGGCUUUCGUGAUCCAUGGAAGUUUUGUGUAGCCCCAUUACAAGGCUAGUGUGGAAAGCCCAUUGUGAUUGUACAGCUUCAGACAUGGUACAAUUAUACUGGCAUGCUAUGCUCCAGAUGACUUUUCCAUUCAGGGGAAGGGGGUGUGGUGUGUCUAUGUAAUGUGCUGCCUAUGCUGUCUGGAAAGCAGCAUGGAAAUUCAUGGUAUGUUGCAUGUGGCAGAUGUUAGAUGGGAGGUGAGAGAAGGAAAAAGAGCACAGCUAUGUUAAAAUCACUUUUCUGCAAUGGUAGCCCAUGUGGCUUUAGAAUAGAAUUAAAAAUUGGCUUGUCUGAGGUGGUCACACUGUGCACAUGCACAUUGCAGUUGCGUGGGAUAGCACUACAGGGAAGUGGGCGAGUGAAAAGGUUUUGUCAUAAUUUUAAGUGAAGGAAAGUCCUGGAAUACUAGAACUUGGGGGUAAAAGGUGGCAAAUAUUCCUGUCCUUGCAUUUUUGCUGGUAUGGGUGAAAUGGUGAAAGGAAGAUGGUCAUGUUCUAACAGUCACAUCUUUUGGGAGGCAGAUGUAUGACUCUAAUAUGGUUGCAGUCUCUUUUUCUAUGCCAUUUGUCUUGACCUGUUGACAUAAGGCAGGCUAAUGAAACAUGCUCUUAAAUGGUGAAUGUUCUUCAUUACUGUCCCAUAACAGCAUAUAUUGGGGUCUUAGAGGAAUCCAGGUUUUGAACCCUCUGUUUUAACACAUGUGCUGCAUUAUUCUUUGUCCAGGUGUAGUUGAGGACAUUAAUUCCAAAGACAUUAAAUCUGCAUACUAAUAGCAUGGUGUACAAUCCUGUGAACCUGACUGCUGUGCAAUCUCUAUUUUUAAUUUUUUUAAAUACAUCAAGAUUGGUACAAGCGUGAACCUUUCAUGGUAUGGGAGACCUCUCUGUUAUUUGCUGUAAUUAGGAACAUGUAGUCGGUGAGCCCAGAACCUGGCUAUCUGGCAAAAGCCAUUCUUGCUUGUUCUCAUCAGCUGAGGUCCCAUGGCUUAUUUCAGCUUGUUCUCCUCUGUGGAGUAGAUGUUCCUUUGACAGUAGGUAUUUCUGCUUGGGGACAACUAAUGUUUUCCAAGGUGCCUGCAAAUUCUACUUCCAGAGGAGUAUUUUGUACAGCAGAUGACUGCCUCUAUGACAGACAAAGAGAAAGAGAAAUAAGAUAUAAUAUGCAAGCUAUUGGAUUCGUAAAGCCAGGUGCCUUCUAAGCUGUGGAAACAAGUCGACCCUGACAAUGUGCACAUAGGCAGUGAUAGCAGGGGAAUAAUAAAGUAGUUCUGUAAUUCUAGGUUUAACUGCCCCAUUCUGUAUGAGGGCAAUACAGGGAUGUGAGCAAUGUUCUUUUCAUCAGCAUUUAUGAAGUAAAAAAUAGGCCGCUUUUUGCGAACUAGGUUGUUCAACUGAAAACAAAAUCGGUAAUUGAGCUCUUUCAAAACAUGCUUCUCUCUCUCUCUCUCUCUCUCUCUCUCUCUCUCUCUCUCUCUCUCUCUCUCUCUCGUGUUCUUCUAAUAGAUGGAGAGAGGGGGGUUAUAUUUCUGUCUAGUUUUAAUUCUAGAGAUGACUUUCCAGGCCCCAUGGACAGCUAUGCAUGGUGGUAAUUGCAGUCCCUGGAGACUUGACCUUCCCACAAUUACAAGGGUAAAUAUUACCUGUUUUGCUGUUUCUACAGGCUAGGCUUGGCCCAUAAACAGUCAGUGUGUGAUGUGGUCAGGAAAGGUUUGGAAUGGUACUUCUCAUGCCCAAUGAUAUCCACUUGUUCCGCAUAUACCCCUGAAUGAUUUACUGGUUUACAGAGCAGGCUGACAAUUUCUGAUUGGCCUAGGGGGAUGCCGUCCCAUAUGAUGCUCCAAGAUGAAGGAAUGGAAGGGAGACAACCUCUGUCAAUGUUGCCUUUCUUUAGUACUUUUGUAAUAUUUUCAUAUUUUUUAAUCAAAACAAUAAAGUUACAUUUUAACUGCUGCUA